AUGAGUGGUCUCCUCGAUAUCUUGAUGGAUCUCGUCCUGUCCGUUGGACUGUGCAAAGCUAGCAUCGUUGCCUGUGUUGCUUUCGAUCUUGUCGUGUUCUCACUUCUUCCACAAGUGGAUCUUCUCAGAGUAUCCAUCAUUUUGGUUGGUUUCGAUUCGGAGAAGUUUCUAGAGGGGAUGUGUUCACGACCGUUGAUGCUACGAGCGGUGGAUGUGUACCGCCGAGCCGAACAGCGGCUCUUCCUCAAUCGUGCGUGUGCUUGGCUCACGGUGCCGAGCCACCGCCAUCGCACGCCCCUUUCCGUGUGCUGUGUAUCGCGCAUGUUCUUGAUUCGAGUGCUUCUUCUAAUAUUUGCCUUAGCAGAAGAGUCGUUGGAAAAGCCACCGAAGAGCCUCUCUCGUAUGAGAGCCGGCAAAGGAUCCUACGGUACAGCAAAUAUCGCAGUCGCAUCGCUUGCUAAUCCUGGACAACAGUUGAGCAACUACGACACAAAGGAUGAGAACGAGGACGAGUUAACACCGUCACGUAACUUCAGUUCGGCUGAGAAGAGGGACGAAGGACGUGUGGGAACGCAUCAGGCAGAAGAAGCUGCGGACGUGGAUGAUCUCGACGAAAUCCUCGCCGGCGAUUUAGAUUCCCCUGAGUAUGAUCGAUAUCCAACGUUCGAAAACGGAGACAACUCUCGGAAAGAGUCAAUAAUAAUGACAACAACACCACCAGAAGAUGAAACUCCGAACACACUGGAGGGGAUUGCAAGAAUAAGGAUAGAGGAAAGAAAACCUAUUGAACAACCGCAAUCGUCAGACACUCAACUUCUUGAGAAACUUCUCACUAAAGGUUAUGAUUGGCGAGUGCGACCACCGGCUGAAGACGGUACAAUCCACGGUGGUCCAGUUGUUGUUGCCGUCAAUAUGCUUAUCAGAAGCAUAUCGAAAAUCGACAAUGUAAAUAUGGAAUACAGCGUUCAGCUGACGUUUCGAGAAAGUUGGAGAGAUGACCGUCUGAAGUACGGUCUAAAUGGUGAAUCCGUUCCGGACUUCCUUAUCCUCACAGCCGGACAACAAAUCUGGAUGCCGGACUCGUUUUUUCAGAACGAGAAGCAGGCCUAUAAGCAUAUGAUUGACAAGCCAAAUGUACUAAUUCGUGUGCACAAGGAUGGGACAAUCCUCUAUUCUGUGAGGAUAUCGUUAGUACUGUCGUGUCCAAUGCAUCUACAGUUCUAUCCAAUGGACGUUCAACAAUGCUUUAUCGACCUUGCAUCUUACUACCUCCUCCAACUAUACAUUCCCUCAUGUAUGCUUGUGAUCGUCUCAUGGGUAUCGUUCUGGAUUGACAGAACGGCAGUGCCAGCACGGGUUACAUUAGGGGUCACCACACUUCUUACUAUGACAACACAGUCGUCAGGUAUAAAUGCAAAGCUACCACCUGUUGCUUAUAUUAAAGCUAUUGAUGUGUGGAUUGGAGCUUGUCUAACGUUUAUUUUCUGUGCUCUUCUCGAAUUUGCUUUGGUCACCUACGUUGCAAAUCGAUCACAACCAAAAAGCGGCGGCGGCCCAAACUAUGGAGGAGGUGGUAACUCCUACGCCGGAGGAGGUGGUGGUGGCGGCGGCGGUGGCGGUUAUGGCGGCGGCGGUGGCGGCGGUUAUGGCGGAAGUGGCGGCGGCGCCGGUGGCGGUUAUGGCGGAAGUGGCGGCGGCGGUGGCGGUUAUGGCGGAAAUGGAGGCGGCGGUUAUGGUGGAGGUGGCGGCGGCGGCGGCGGAGGCGGUUACGUCACUGCUCCGGUUAACCUACCAGCUGCUCCCAUUUCUCCACCACAAGCAUCUCCACCCAUGCAACCACCUCCACCACCUCCACCGUCAUACGGUGGUCCAUCAGGAGGAUAUCAGCAACCGCCACAGGCUUCUCAACCCAUCCAACCACCUCCACCACCGUCAUACGGUGGUCCAUCAGGAGGAUAUCAGCAACCGCCACAGGCUUCUCACCCCAUCCAACCACCUCCACCACCGUCCUACGGUGGUCCAUCAGGAGGAUAUCAGCAACCCCCACAGGCUUCUCAACCCAUCCAACCACCUCCACCACCGUCCUACGGUGGUCCAUCAGGAGGAUAUCAGCAACCACCACCAUCAGGAGGAGGAUACCAGAAACCCCCACCAAUGCCAACACCAUACAAUCCUCCAUCUCCUCCACCACCAGGACCUGCCCCUUAUGACCCACCGGCGCCUCCUCCACCACAGCCAUACAACCCCCCAUCACCGCCCUCAGGAGGUUAUAAACAGCCACCACCACCACCAUCUGGAGGAGGAUACCGCCAAGGACCACAACCUACACCGUACCAACCUCCUUCUCCACCUGCCCCACGUUACGACCCUCCUGCUCCUCCUCCACCUCCACCACCACCAUCAGGAGGUUAUCAACAGCCACCAUCACCGCCAUCAGGAGGUUACCAACAGCCACCGCCUUCUGGAGGAGGGUACCGCCAAGGACCACAACCUACACCGUACCAACCUCCCUCUCCACCUGCCCCACACUACGAUCCUCCCGCCCCUCCUGCACCAUAUAACCCUCCAUCUCCAUCUGGAGGUUACAAACAGCCACCUCCACCUAUUUCACCACCUAGCGGAGGCGGAUACGCCGUUGCUCCUCCACCAAUCGGCCCACCACCAGUUGGACCUUCACCACCUUCCGGCGGUUAUGCUCAAUCUGGCGGCUACCGACGACGCUACUACAAUAAGGCAAGAUCUAUGCGUAAAAUGGUUGCCAAGAGAAGAAUGGUCAAGAAGGCUUAA